CCGGUAGAAAUUCCAAGAAAGAUACAAGAACCGUGCUCAACGAUGAGCUUAGAGUGCAGCCAAACGCUGAAAGAACUAGCAACCGUGAUCAAGAAAAUGACACGUUCGUCAAUUAGUGAUCCGCAUAUCAAGAAUGCGGUAAUUGCAGCCAAGAGUCUGAAAUCGAUGAUGCAAAACGGGCCUUGGCCGGAAACGGAUCUUCUUAAUUUAAUCCCAGCUGCAACCGUGGCUUCGCUGCUCAUAGAAAUAGUCUCGUCCACGAUCAAGAUAUCCGACUCUGUUAGCCAACUUGCUUCUCUGUCGAAAUUCAAGACUUGCAAUAUCCCGCCGGUCCCGCAUGGAAUGUGCCCGGAGAAACGUACCGCGAGUCGUGGUAACGAAGGUUCCCAUACUUUUGGUGUUAUAGUUGAGUGAUAU